ACGGCUAACUGUCAGAGUGAGUAUCCCACUCUCCUUGCUUUUGUCCGACACAUGAGGGACGUGGCGGGGACAAUUCCACUCGCCCAGCUCAUCUCCGCCGACAUGAUGUGCAACACAACCAACCGGAGUUUCCGAAUGCAGCUCGCGGCCAUAAUGGAGAAGCUGACCAAGACGGCCUUGGUGGAGAUCGGAAACCUGGCGGACGAAUGCUCCUCCGUCCUCCUGGGCGAGAUUUCCCUGCACAAAAGCGAGAACGAGGCCCUGAAGAGGAGGUGUUACUCCCUGGAGGUGCAGCUGAGGGCCGCCCGGGAGGCGCACUACUACCCCGCACACGUCAACAGCGUCAGUCGGAGGAUUCCGGAAAGUCAAGAGGCUCAUAAAUCUGCAGACCAUCAGCAGGACGCCCCGUCCAUCGAUGGCGUCUUCGGGAAGGACUGGUGCAUGGACCUUUGGCGAGACGACAAAAGAGUCACCCCUCAGAGGAAAGACCCGGUGGAGCCUGUCGCCAUGUCCAGCAUGGCACCAGAGGUGUUGGAUAUCAUAGACAGAGAACCCGAUCUCAUCUUCGUCAAGGAGGAAAUUUAUGACGAUCAUCCACUUGGGCAGCAGAUGAGGGUGACGGAGAGCAGGAAAGAUGUGGGGAUGGUGGAGACCCAAAGUUCUCUCCACCGAUCCGUGAGUGAGCUGCAGCUUCACUCGGAGGAUUUGUCCACCUUCCCCUUGAUGGUGGACGCACAAGCGCAGCGCUCGCAGCCCAGCAUUAUGGACAAGCUGAUCGAGGACGCGGCGAUGAGCACGAUGCUGGACAACACAAACCCUCCCGCCACGACCAGCGACUACGCCGACUACACAAACAGCGCCGUCGUCGCUGCCAAAGAUCUCAUCAGCUUUCCACUAAAACCCACAAGACCAAUGAAGCACUUCCAGUGUCUUUUCUGCGGUAAAGUCUUCAACUAUCUAAGCAGCCUAAAAGUCCACAUCAGACGCCACUCGGGCGAAAAACCUUUCAGCUGCACGGUCUGCGGCAAGUGCUUCGCCCAGAAGACGUACCUGAAGCUUCACCAGCGCGUCCACUCCGGAGAGAAACCCUACAGCUGUCUGAGCUGCGGCAGAAGCUUCUCCCAGAAAAGCUCGCUGAACAUUCAUUUUCGGACGCACACGGGAGAGAAGCCGUACAGCUGCGUGGACUGCGGGAAAUGUUACGCCUACAAGUACGGUUUGAACCACCAUCAGUGUUUCACCCACGUCGACACCAACACCACCUAGACUGCAGCAGAUGUUCUUCCAUGGGAUUUCCCGAGGAGUGUUAAGGCCACACUGAAAAAAUAAAUACAUACAAUUACAAGAAUAAAGCCGUCAUUUUACAAAGAGGAAGGAAGUAUAUUAGUAAGAAUAAGUUCAAACUGUAAAUAAAAUAAUGUAAGAAAAAAAUUGACUGGGGGUAAAAACGUGUAAUUCCAAUGAGAAAAAAGUGGUAAUAGAAUUAUUUCCUCAGAAUCAAAAACAAUUUUACUAUAACUACAUUGCAAAAAUAUGUUAAAAUGUCAUACAAAAAUAAUGAACUUGUAAUGUUAACAGAAAAUCUCAUAACAUUUUUUUUUUACAAAUUAAGAAUGUUUAAAAAAUAAUGAGAAUUAAGAAUGUUGUAUGAAAAUUUGAAAAACCUUAAAAAUAAUGAUCAUUUACAGUAAAUUACAUGGAUUAUAACAUGAGUUUAUUUUAAAAGAACGAAAACAAGUUUGCAAGAAUUUAUAUUACAACAAUUGAAGAAGUCGGGAUGUUACUGGAUUAAAAAUAAUACAAAAAAUAAAUUUUUGCAAAAGCCAAACACGUAAAUGUACUGAGAAAAAAGUUGACUGGGGAAAAACGUGUAAUUCCAAUGAGAAAAACGAGCAAAAAAAAUAUAACAGAUUUAUUUCCUCAGAAUUAAAAACAAUUUUACUGUAACUACAUUGUAAAAAUAUGUUAAAAUGCCAUACAAAAAGAAUAAAGUUGUAAUGUUACCAGAAAAACUCAUUAACAUUUUUUUUUUUUUUUUUCAAAUUAAGAAUGUUUAAAAAAUAAUGAGAAUUAAGUUGUAUGAAAAUGUGAAAAAACAUGAAAAUAGUGAUCAUUUACAGUAAAUUACAUGGAUUAUAACUUGAGUUUAUUUUAAAAGAACAAAAACAAGUUUGCAAGAAUUGUUAUAUUACAACAAACAAUUGAAGAAGUCGGGAUAUUACUGGAUUAAAAAUGAUUU